AUGAUUGAUGCUAGAGUAAAAGCACCGGCAGAAAACAAUUCAGGAUUUUCCGCCAACGAAACCCACUCUUUUUAUUACUCUCCCCUUCACGCUCUCCCUUUCUCUCUCUCUCAUUUUCUCACUGGCCUUUUCACACUUUCCCUUUCAUUUUCUCCCUAUCUCCUUCCCUCUUUCACACGUUCCCUUUCUUGUUCCAAUUUCCACACCCUCCCUCUCCUUUUCUCCCUUUUCCUUUAUCGCUUCUCUUUCACAUACAUUUACUCACAUUUCUUCCUUUCCCAUUCUUUCUCUCACACUUUCUCUUUCACGCUCCCCCUUUCACGCUCCCCAUUUCUUCUAUUUUUCACACUCUUCCUUUCACACAACCUCUCUCGCUUUCUCUGUUUCCCUUUCCCGCUCACUCUCUCCCACAUUCUCUCUUUCUCUCACACUCUCUUUCACGCUCUCCCCACCUCGUUCCAAUUUUCGCACUCUCCAUCAAUCACUCUCUUUCUCACUCUGCCUUUUUCCUCUUCCAUUUCUCACACCCUUUCUCACAGACACACUUUUAAACUCUUUCUCUUUCACUCUCUCCCUUUAAUACUCACUUCCGCACUGCUUUUCACAGACACAUUCUUUCUCGCUCCCCAUUUUUCAUCUUCACAUGAAAGCAUUCGUACCCUUCGAGGUACGUUCGACUGUCGGCAAGAAGGUGAUUUGUGGAUUAUCGAAGCUGGAUUUGAGAACAAACCUGAACUGAAGAAAGUUUACAAAUUUACACCAGGUGUUCCCUUUGAAGAUAUAGAUAUCUUUGGCCGUAAAUUUAAGAUGAUUGCUAACCUGGAAGGUGACAAGCUUCGAGAUCAAAUCACUGACUGGGCCAAUUCAGUUGUUGAAAAUAUCAGGGAGGUGAAAGACGGUGUUAUGUACUGUACUACAACUUGCAAUGGAGUCACUACAGAACUUAAAUUCCACAGACCGUAA